GAUUAAUGAUAAUCUAAUAUUUGUAAAAUAAUAACGAAUCAAAUAAACAUAUAUAAGAGCAGAUAUAUUAUUUAGAAGUUUUUAUUAGCACAAUUCUUUGAUAGUAAUAUUUAUAUAAAAUUUCAUCCAUAAACAGUGGUAUAGUUCGUCCGCCCGAAGUGAAAAUAUGUAGUCUACUGUAGGGUAGGUUAUUGAUUUCUGUCUAGAUGCCAUGUUGGUAGUGAAUACGGUUGGGGGUGUCUCUUGAGUGUAUAUAUAUCGCAGCAGUCUGCAAGGAGUAUAAAUAGGAGGGGUAGUUGCACCAUUGACCCAGUGUUGAGUUGACACACAGUCAGUUCAGUCACUCAAGCGUUAUCGUUAAACAUUGCCGUCUUCUACAUUUUUUAUUCUUUCAUGUGAAUCGCUAAUGCUAUACUAAAAUUCGUAAAGAACCAAAUUGAUCCAAUACAAUCCUACAACACUGCCCUUUCGUAUUUGCGUUUAAACCAUACGAAUUUUUAUUCGAACCACAUCAGUACUUAUAUAGUGCUUUAAUAUAACAACGUUUGUAAACGUUUAUAGUUAAUAGUAUUGCGUAAAUGUAAGCUCGAUUGCAUUUCAUUUAAGGAUAUAAGUGCAUUGUCCAACAAAUGUGCAACGAGAAUCAGGCCUUAUAAGUGUCAAUUUUAAAAAAAAAAAAAAGUGAAUUUCUGCUCUAUCAAAACCAUUGUUUUUAUUCAUUAUUGAAAAAUUGAAAAAAGGCAAUUUUUUCGAAAACGUAUUUAAAAAAAUUAUUGUGAAUCUAUUAUUUACAAUUUGAAGCAACAUGUCAGAGACAGCAGGGAUAGUACAAGGAUUGGGUAAUCCAUAUAAGAUAGUCGAUCAUGCAAGAGAAAGAAGAAAGGGUAUCACUGCCUCUUCUUUAAAAGAUUUAACUAAUAUUGCUCGAAAUCGCUUGGCUUUACCACCAGAUGCAAAUCUUACAAUUGUAUUAGAGCAAGAUGGAACCGAGGUAGAUGAUGAAGAAUAUUUUGCAACUUUGGAAAGAAACACCAGUCUAAUGGUUUUAUAUGGAGAUCAGAAAUGGAUUGCAGCAGGUAGUAGCAAAACUGCUUCUCGUUAUAUUGUUGUGGAUGAUGUGGACAACAUAGAAGGCACUUCAAGAAGUACCGAAAUCAGACGUCGACGUCCUCCAAUAGAACCAUUGGUUUCAUCGCUACAUGAUGAUCCAUCACAUAUUUCAUUACUUGGUGGAAAUGAUUUAGAACUGCUCAGUGAUAUGGAUCCUGACAGCUUAGCUGAUAUAGUACCUGACAGGAUUUUCCUUGAGCAAUUGAAGGAAGCAUCUGGUCGAUUUCUCGCAGAAAAACGACAAGCACAGGAGUCAAUGGCUCUUCUUCAGAUUUAUGCAAGUGGUGGAGAAAUGGAGCGAGCGUAGGCCAUGUGGGGGGUGGGCGCCCUCACAUUGGCUAAUAUGUAUCGAGUUAGGCGUCGUAUUUUCUAUAAAGGUCGCCAAUUACAACAAACUUUAAUCCUUCUUUGGAAUUGAGCCCAUACAACAUUUACUUGCAAGCCUCAUUUGGAGCAAGCAAAAAAUCAUUGUACUACAGCAAAAAAUGAAAAAAUUUAUGGAUUAAGGAUUUACAAUUCUUUUCCAUAUAAAACCUGUUUACCAGGGUUGUUUUGAAGAAAGUGAGAUGAUAAAGAAAUACGUACAGAUACACAAAUAAUUCUAUUUGACUACAAAUGAUUUAUGGAGUAUUUGAAAAUAUUUAUUCAGUCCAAAAUUAUCAAAUUUAAUAACCAAAGAUAAACAAAAUCGUGCUUAUAUAUCUAAUGAGUUAAAUAUUGUAUAAUUAGAUCAGAUUUUAUCUUAUGUUUUUGUUAAUAUAUAUAUUAUUAACUCAAGAAUAGAUACUUUGGACAUAUGUUAAGUUUAGUAUGUGGUAUAUGGAAUUGCUUUAAUACAAAAUAUGAUUAUAAUACAAAUAUAUAAAGUACUUAGCCAUUAAAUAAUCUGAACAUAUUUGAUAAGAAAAAAUAAUGAUGUCAAAGAAGGUAUUCCGUCACGAUGUUAUCAUAUCAGUAUUAGCACAAGAAUAUGUUUUAUUUAUAUAUUUUAUGUAGAUAUAUCCAUACUGAACUUAUGUUCAACGAAGAUUGAUGGAAUAUUUAAGACUGAAUUUAUAGGAAAACCGAUUGCAUCCCCAUUAAAAUCACCAAUUCAUUGAACACUAGAUGUAGUGAUGUAUUAGAAAACAAAACAAUAUCAAUCCUUUGAUACCAAACGAAGUUGUGCAUUUGAUAAAAAAAUCAGCAGAAAAUAAAGAAAAUAGACAGGUGUUCCUGAAAAGAUUAUACAUAUGCACAAUUAGUAGAUGAGCUUCAUGGUACUAACUGUUCUUCAUUUGUAAUAAGCAAAAUAAUUUUUAAAUAUUUAAACAAAUUGUUACUAUUACAAUUACAUUAUGUUGUAUUUUACAUUAAACUAUAUGUAAAAGUUGAAUGACGCUAUAUUUUAAAAAGAAAGAAAGGAGAGAACA